UGUCAUCGCACUGCACAAGAUCAAUGAAACUUUCUUCAAUGUUUGCUUCAGCUCACCACCCAAUAUGGAAUUUGGUGGCAAUUGGGAUGAUGUCUUUAAAUCUCCGGCGCCGCUAGUUCGUGCCAGUCAUUUAGUGCCUCUUUUGGAGCUCCAGAUUGUUGUGAUUUUCGUCAUCACCCAAGUCACCCAUCACCUUUUCUUCAAACGUUUCAAGCUCCCAAAGGUCAUCUCACAAAUUGUUACUGGCAUACUGCUUGGACCUUCAAUCAAAGACAAGUCUGGCAAAGAAUCCUUGUUUCCACUUCUCAGUCAAGAUGUGAUUGGCAUGGCAUCGGUGUUUGGUUAUGCUUUUUUCAUGUUUCUAACCGGGGUGAAAAUGGAUGUAGGCAUGAUAAAGAAAACAGGACACAAAGCUUUAACAAUUGGUAUUUUGUCACUUGUAGUGCCCAUAGUAUGUGGCUUGUUAACCACCUUUGCUUGCACAUAUGUCUUCAAGGAAGAAGAAGACGACAAGGUUUAUUUUGUGGCGGUAACGCAUUCUCUGACUUCAUUUGCAGUUGUUUCUAGCCUUCUUCAGGAUCUCAAACUCCUAAAUUCAGAACUAGGCCGGUUGGGAUUAUCUUCCGGCCUGGUCAGUGACAUGAUCAAUGUGAUUACAACAAGUACUGCUAGUUUUAUCAGAGCGUUCAUGGGAACUGGACAGCCAACAUACAAAAUUUACAGGGACAUUGGAUCACUUAUCGCCUAUAUUCUUGCGGUAGUGUUCAUCAUUCGUCCUGCCCUGUUUUGGAUUGUGAAACAUACACCAGCAGGCAGGCCUGUUAAGGAUGCAUACAUAUAUGCCAUCUUUCUAAUGGUUCUGUUGUCUGGCGUUCUUUCUGAUAUGUUUAAUCAAACCGCGCUUUUAGGUCCUUUCAUUUUGGGUUUGGCAGUUCCAGAUGGACCACCAUUAGGCGCUGCUAUAGUGAAAAAGUUUGAUUGUUUUUUCUCUGGAGUUUUCACGCCACUAUUUGUGACUAUAUGUGCAAUGAAGGCUGAUCUUUCGUCCAUCGGAGAUGAUCGUAAAUUGUUAACACUGGACAUUGUCCUUCUGGUGGUAACUUUUGUGUCCAAAGUAAUGGCCAGUUUUGUGCCAUCUUUGAUUUGCAAGAUGCCCUUCAAUGAUGCUCUCGCAAUUGGUUUCAUAAUGAGCUCCAAAGGCAUAGUUGAGUUGGCAUCAUACUCCUUAUUCCAUGACUAUAAGACGAUUGAUGAUCAAACUUUCGCGGUGCUGCUCGUUAGUGUUCUGAUUAUUGCAAUACUGGUGCCUAGCAUGGUUAACUACUUGUAUGAUCCUUCGAGCAAAUAUGCAGGCUACCAAAAAAGGAACAUCAUCGAUAUGAAACCGAAUGCUGAGCUCCGAAUACUUGCAUGUAUUCACUCACAAUACGAUGUUGCUCCUGUCAUCAACCUUCUUGAUGUUUCAUGUCCAACUGGGGGGAGUCCAAUUUCUGUCAAUGCCCUUCACCUUAUUGAGCUUGUUGGCAGAGCCUCCCCUGUUUUUAUUGCCCACCAGAUUCAUGAAAAGGUUACAUUUAACAUUCACUUUAGCGAAAAAGUCAUCGGCCCCUUCAACCAGUAUCAACUCAACAAUCAAGGUGCUGUAUCAGCAAACAUAUUUACAGCAAUCUCUCCAUCCAACCUAAUGCAUGAGGAUAUAUGUACACUCGCACUUGACAAACUUACAUCAAUUAUAUUACUCCCAUUUCAUCGAAAAUUCGCUUUUGAUGGCAGCAUAGAGUCUGAGGGCAAUGCUAGGAGGGCACUAAAUUGUAGUGUCCUUGAAAGGGCUCCUUGCUCCAUUGGAAUUAUUGUCCAUCGUGGUCAUUUGAGACAUUCAUCACAGUUGUAUCGCGUUGCCAUGAUCUUCUUAGGUGGACGCGACGAUAGGGAGGCCUUGACAUUUGCGAAACGGGUGACCAAAGACCCCGGCAGCUUUAGCCUAACCGUGGUACGAUUAGAUGCUGAGGAUGGUAAAACUAUGAAUGAUUGGGAAAAAGUUCUUGAUAAUGAGGUGUUGAAGGAAUUUAAGCAGAAAAGUGUGGCAAAUGCGCAUGUUACAUAUGUCGAAGAGACGGCGAAAGAUGCAGUUCAAACAACGCGAAUCCUUCGGUCUAUAAUGAAUGAGUUUGAGCUUAUCAUAGUUGGGAGGAGGAAUGGCUUGGAUUCCCCUCAGACAUUAGGUUUCUCAGAGUGGAGUGAGUUCCCUGAAUUGGGGGUCAUCGGGGACCUGCUUGUUUCAUCAGAUUUCGACUGCAAUGCUUCGAUUUUCGUGGUGCAGCAACAACAACAAUUGAAGGGAAGCAAAGGUUUCAAGCUAUGAUGUAAGAAGAUUUUCGUUUUUCUU